AUGUCAUUAGAAUCAUUUAAUGGUGGUUAUAUGUUAACAAUUGAAGUAUUUGAUUAUGAUUCAGUUGGUUCACACGACUUUAUCGGUAUUGUUCAUUUAAAUGCAGAUCAAGUACUCAGAGGCCAAAAAGAAUUCCCAAUUAUUAACCCAAAGAAAACAAAGAAAUCAGGUUACAAUAAUUCAGCAGGUGGUCGCGAAAUAUCAUUAAUGGUUGCAAUCGAUUGUACAGGUAGUAAUGGUGUAGCUUCAUACGUACACUCACUUCAUUAUAACACACCAACACAACCAAGUCAAUAUGCUCGUUCGAUUAUGUCAGUAGGUUCAGUUUUAGCUCCAUAA